ACUUACUAAAAGCUUAAUAAUAAAAUGUAUUUUACAAUUAUUUUGUGUCCAAAUUUAAUGUAAUUUCCUUGGGACAAUAAUGGCACAAAUGUUUAAUACUUAGUAGAGCCACAUUUUUGCUGCAGUUACAGCUGCAAGUCUUUUGGGGUUUGUCUCUACCAAAUUUGGGCAUCUAGAGACUGAGAUUUGUGCCCAUGUUUCUAUACAAAAUCGCUUAUGCUCAGCCAGGUUGGAAUAAGAACGUGUAAGAACAUUACAUUUUGUGUCUUGCCAUAGAUGCUCGAUCGGAUUUAGGUCAGGACUGGAAAGUGAAUCUCUCUCCCACUCUCAAGUCUUUUGUAGCCUCCAGGGUUGCCCUGUGACCACCUGGCCACUCUGACCAGCUUCCCUGUCCCUGCUAAAGAAAAGCAUCCCCACAGCAUGAUUCUACCACCAUUAUGUUUCAUAGUGGGGAUGGUGUGUUUAGGGUGAUGAGCAGUAUUACUUCAGGCCAUUUAGGACAAAAAGUUCAACUUUGGUCUCAUUUGACCACAGUACCUUCUUCCACGUUUGCUGUGUCCACUACAUGACUUGUGGCAAACUGCAAACAAUACUUCUUUCAACAAUGUUUUUUUAUGUCACUGUUCCACUAUUUGUGCAUAGUUGUCAUGUUGACAGAUUCUCCCACCUGAGCUGUGGAUUUCUGCAGCUCCUCCAAAAUGACCAUGGGUCACUUAAGCUGCUUCUCUGACCAGUGCUCUCCUUGCUGGAUCUGUCAGUUUGGGUAGGCGGCCAAGUCUUGGUAAGUUUGCAGUUGUAGAAUACUUUUUUUCAUUGGAUGAUGGAUUAAACACUGCUCAUUGGGAUGCUCCAAGCUUGGCAUAUGUUUUUAUAACAUAACCCUGCUUUAAACUUCUCCACAACUUUAUCUCUGAUCUUGGUCUUAAUCUUGGUCUUCAUGAUGCUGUUUGUUCAAUUCUCUAACAAACCACUGAGGCCUUCACAAAACAGGUGUAUGUACGUAUUUAAGAAUGUGUAAUGAUCAGAUAAAGACUGAGUUUGACAUUCUGACAUCUCCAUAUUCACAGUAGCUUUUGUAUCAACACCAUUGGCAGCACUGUGAUUGUUCAGGUAACCUGCAAUCGCUGCUAUAGCCAGAAAAAUGGGUCCUAGGCCUACCAGACACCCUGUUUUUAAAAUGAAUAUGUGUGGUGUUGCAGGAAAUGUAUGCCAUUUAUCAUAAUUUUUUGCCAUUUCAUCCACUCCGUAACUAAUAUUUUCACUUUAAAAUAAAGAAAUCUUAAGGACUGCUUCUUUAUUUUAAAAUACUCAUACUCAUCCCUGACAGCAUGCUGCUGAUUUUCAGUGUACUAAAGCUGUGCACUGGUUGAAUAAUUUUGAGACUACAGAAGUCACUAUACGUGGUAUUUUGUAUUACGCUUGUAGUAACCAAUUUUAUUUUUAGUUAUUUGCUAUUUAUGUUUUAUUUUCUUGCUUAGUAAAUUAAUAAAAUUUGUUUUAUGGCCAGAGUUGCCUGUGAAAAUGCACUUUGUAAAUUUGCAGUUACUGACUGUAGUUCAUCUGGCCACCAUAGGGUUAUCACCUUGGGUGAUGGACCAUUCUUAGCACAGCAGUGACACCAACAGUGGGGUUUGUUGCACCGACAUCAGUAGCACGCCAGUGUUAAAAAAAUCAAAUAACAAAAGUUGCUCUAAAUAGCAAUAAUAUUGCAAACAAACUGAAGUUUGUGAUUUAAAAUGUGCCUAAAAACAUCAAAAAUGUCAUAUUCUACAUGGCAAGUUUUGUAUUGUUGUUUUAUUAAUAUUUAAAAGUUAAAAACUCUUUAUACAUAUAACUUUAACUGAACAAAUGUAGAUUUAUCUUUGCUGUAAAAGGAUAUGCUGUAAAAUUGUUAAAGUAUCUUAAAACUACACUUCCCAGCAUUCACAGUUAACAGUGCAGGCAGGACAUUCCAGUUGUAUCCCUUAUUUCAUAGCCAAGUAGAAGAUCAAUUUACAUCUUGUGGUAUCACUUCUUCCUCAGGUCUUCAGUAGGUCACAUACUGUAUGUAUGUAGUAAUUUACCAAGCAUCACUUUUUAAUUGGGCACUUCUCUCACUAGACUGUUUUCAGACUGGUUAGGAUGCAAAAAUAGACUAAAUGUAUGGCUUAAAUAAACAUUGGCUUACGCUCGUUUUGCUUGUAAAUUGACCUGUAUUUAGAUCAUGUUUCAUAUCAGUCCAUCUUUCAGUCUUUGGUAUGGUUUAAAAGCUUUUUCCGCUGUGUUCUCUGGAUAUUAUGAAUGCACCAUCAAGCAUUUGUAGGCCGGUGCCGGUGUCUGAGAAAGUGCUUCACAGCAGCUUCUAAAAUUAGCCCCCUCCCUGCACCCAGUAGAAAUCAGAGUAAAGCGAAGACACCACCAAAUAUAGUGCAGCCCACCUAAUCCUGAUCCUAUUACACGCACUCUCUACUGUAAACACAUACACACACUCAUACUGUAUAUCCCAGCACACAGCUAUAUGUAUUACUAUAUUAGUGAGUUGUUGACUGCAGUAACAGUGUAGCAAGAUAAGUGUAAUGAAACAAGUACAUGGACAAAUCCAUAAUCUGAAAAAACAUGCUCAGUAAUUCUGAAAGCUGAAGCAUUGUGAUCAUUCUUUGAAAGACUAUCAAAUGACCACAAGAUGGAGGCAUAUUGUAAAAACACAGAGAGUCCUCUGCUGACCUAAAAGUCAAUGGCCAUGCUUUGCAGAAGCAUCUGUGAAAAAUUCAAGUCACAAAAUGUACAAAAAACAUGUCAAGGCCAACAACUGGAAAACAUAAAGGAGGAAUAUUGCUUGUCCCGUUUUGCUCUUAAUGGCUCAUUAAGAAAGUAAAGCUGCAUGAAUUUCUAGUGACAUGCAGACAAUUAAUAGAUUCUUUGAUUUCUGUCACAUAGACGCUUGGGAUUUUCUCAAAACAUUUUAACAGAUGAAUUAAAAAUGAAUUAAAAUUAAAUUGAUUAAUGUAAUUACUGUAGAAAGCUUGGACAGCCCAGUGUCCCUGAAAAUUAAGCCAACACAGGUCUAGAGCCAAUUUUAGCAUCUCAUUUUUGUCAUUUUUGUCUGCCAUGUUAUAAGAAGGGUAUCACUUAAGAAUUAAGUGCUUUACAGCCUUGGCUGGCACAGGUGUUUGCAUUACAUGGAGUUGUCAAGCUGCCAAACCCCUAUAUGAGUAUUCAUACUUUUAUUGAUUAUCUGGUGAUGUGCCACAUAAACUGCAUUUUUACCAACGUUUCCAAAAUUUCUGUCCUAGAUGCUUGGUCUGGAUAGGCAAAUGAGUAGGCAAGUCUGACUCUACUGUGCAGACUCACAUUUGACAUCAUGCUGGACAAUUUUGGGCAUGACAUGUCCAGGACAUAUUUCUGAGCUGUUAGUGUCGCUUGUAUCAUUAAUGACCAACUGUUGCUAAAGAUGCUACACUUCCAGUCUAUGGCAGCACAGGUUAUGUGUCCAAUAACAUGCCGGGCAAAAUGUCUUUGUGUUUUAGAGGCAUGACUUGCAUCUCUCCCCAAGAUGUACAUUACUCAAAAGUAGCCACUGACAGCUUUUGGUUAGGCAGCAGGGGAGGAAGCAUUUUUUAUGCCUUAUUAUUGCAUCACUCCGCAUCUGAUUAGACUAUCAUCGUUUACAUAUUUGCGUAAAUAUAACUGCGUGCUGAAUUUAGCAGCAAUCAGGUGUCUCUUGUUGAGCCAGAACAUGGUCUACAAAACCACUUAUUUUGGUUCAAAAUCAUAACAACAAUAGAUAAGAUGCAACUUCUAAUACACAGCAAAAUGCAUAUGCCUGAACAAGUUUGUUAUUUAAAGUAUUAGUGACAAAAGAGUGCUUUGAUCAUAGGAGAAUCUCUGUGCUGUAAUUAGAAUAGAUUGAUCUAUAUGUUUACAGAGAUUUGUGUAUGUGCAUUUUUGUUCAGUCUGUGUUUGUCUAUCAUGUAGCACAGAUUGGGAACUUGUGUGUCUGUGUUUGAUUGUACGUGUGUGUGUGUGUGUGUGUGUGUUUGUCCAGACCUGACCUGAUGACCCAACACAAUAGUGAGUGCAGAGUAAGCAGAGCGGCCUUACUGGCCACAGUCCUCUCUGCUAGUGUGUGUGGAACAUGCUAGCGGUCCGGCAUAAUAGCCCCCCUUCGCGGGGACUGGCGGCCAGCAGCGCCCUCUCCUCUUUCUCCCGCUCCUUUUCUUUGUGGUUCUUUUCGUGCCUCUCCUCCACAGUAUGGGCUCGGGGAGCAGGCUGAAGUUUGCAGUUUGUGAGGUGCUGCAGUUCGCUGCCUUCUGUGUCCCACUCUUCAUCGUGAUGCAACGCUUCGCCCUUAUCUUGGCACGAGUGAAGAGCCUGGCAAAGCCCUCUGGAGAUUCCACCACGGCCUACUGGUUGAUUGUGGCCUUGUCCGUGGCCUAUGUGACAACUGUGGCAAUGCUGGUGUGGCUGCCAAUGAAGUACAUGGUUUUUAUAAAGAAGAAAGCCUUGGUGGGGAGGAAGAAGUGGAGACCUGUUGCUCUGGCCUAUGUGCUGCUUUCCACACUGCCCUCUUUUGCAUUCCUAAUUGCAAGCUCCGAGGUGCAAAUUAGAAACGAUAUACGAUUGGAUACAUUUACAGAGUUACCGGUGUCUUUGGUGCUCUUCUCACUUAUCUGCAUUGAUAUUGUGGAAAGGAUCCGCCACUGCAGACUCACAGGCCAGGCUAAUGAACUGGCCCGGGAUGCAGAUAUCCCAACCCUUAAUCAAGUAGAAACAGUGACCCCAAUAGUGACCACAGCCACUGGGCCAUCUCCUGCAGCAACAAAUGCAAGUACAGGCACACAGAAUGGAGCAGGAGCUGCUAACGGGGCUAUUCCUAGGUUGCCUGGAAGUGCAGCAGUUGCGGGGAUAGCAGACAACGGGAUCGUUCCAGGGUUGCCAGCCGGUGCAGCAAUUGCAGGUGGCACAGCAGUCCCAGGAAUACCCAGCAAUGGAGCAGUAUCAUUACUGCCAGGCAACGGCCGGGGGCAACCAUACACUAUUGCGGGGAUUUGUCCACGCACUGGCCUGCCCACAAGAAGCUUUGCGUAUGCCCCUCCAUACACCGGACCACUGCGCUUUCUGCUAGCAAGCGAUGCCCGCGCUGACGUGUUUGCAGACAGCUUCAUGUUCUGGUUGGACACGGCAGAAAUGGUGCGAGUCGCAAGUCACACCCCAGUCUACUUCUCGGGCUGGGCUUUACCAGUCUACCUCUUCAGCUUCCUUUCUACGCUGCGAUUGGUUCCUAUGCCUCACAGUUCCCUCCUCUCCCCUCUGGGUGUGGCCUUGCAGGACCUUCCCUUCCUCUUCCUAAGGGUGGCGCUUAUAGCCAUUUUUGGAUUUGUCACACCGGUCCUCUUCGUGAUGAAGAACUUAUUGGUGUGCUUGGCCUACAUUUACUUUAACUUCAUGACCAAGCUGAAAAUCUUUAACACAGAGAGAAUGUUUUGACAAAACUCUGAUCUGCAAUAAGGACACUAUUGAGAAGACUGAUGAGGAAUGGAGCAGGUUUCCAAAUCAUUACGUUUAAAGAUGAGACUCAAUAAGGGCAAGCAUGAAUGAAUGAAAUUAACCAGGGAAAGUUUUCAUCAAUACUCUAUUUACGACAUUCUAGAAGGAAAUGGUGCCAAAAAGACUUCAGUAUUGUUAUUUGUGUAUUCAAACAAUCUAUUGCAAUGCAACUGAAGAGAUGUGGAACCUGGACUGCUGCACUUUGACCAGUGUUUGAUGUAGCAAGGAAUGUUUAAGUGAUUUCUUGUUUUUUAUAAGUUAUUUUAUACCUAGCUUUAAUGUUUUUACAUGCUCUAUUUCAUGCACACACACAUCUCUUAACCUUAACCCUCCUGUUGUGUUCAUUUCAAUCGAAUUAAUCUUGUGUUCCCGGUCAAAAAUGACCAAGACCUUGUGGUUGAGCAUAGAUCCACAAUAAUGCAUAUAUUAUCACCUAAUGCUGUGGAUGAUCUUUUAUCAACUUAUGUUCAUGUGAACAUUACAUGUUUUUAAUCUCUUUUUCAAUUUAUGGCAUAAAGGCCUUAUUGACCUGAGCUAAUACAACUCAUUUUUGAGUUACAAGAGCAGAUAUCUUUUUAUUUUGACUAACAAAUACAUAUUGUACUAUUUA